AUGGCUGCAAGUCGCGAAGCAGUCCUUAGGACACUAAAACAAGUCCGACCAAUCCUCUCUGUGGACAAAACCGAAGCCAGGAGGCGUGUAUUCAAUCUCUAUCGAGCCUGGUACAGACAAAUCCCAUACAUUGUUAUGGACUAUGACAUCCCAAAAUCCGUCGAACAGUGCCGUGAGAAGCUUCGGGAGGAAUUCCUAAGAAAUAAGAAUGUAACGGAUAUCCGUGUAAUUGAUAUGCUGGUCAUCAAAGGUCAAAUGGAAUUAAAGGAAUCCGUGGAGAUUUGGAAGCAAAAAGGACACAUUAUGCGCUAUUUCAAAGAAUCCCAGGAGCCUAAACCCACGGAUUUUCUCUCAAAAUUCUUCUCCGGACACAAUUGAGGUGCUUCAUGGGGGCCUCAAAUUGUCUCCCAACGUCCCGGUAAGGGCAUAAUCUUGUUAGCAAGCUAGUUUGACUGUAAAUAAAAGAGAUUUGUGGAUGAAAUUCA